AUGCCGAGAUUAUCGGAAUUCGAUGAUUACGAUGAGUGCUUGGAGGGCGCACCGGUCGGAAAAGUGGCCACAUACUGUUCGGUCAGGGUAGUUAUUGAGCCCAAUAAUGGCUCGGAAAUCUGGCGCUUGAUUCAGGAUUUCUCAAGUGAUUCCAAACGUCACUUCAAUCACAGACAUUUGGCCAGGGGUAUUUGUAUGACAGGCUGCCAGCAGCUAUUUUUGCGUUUGAACAACGCUACAAAGAGUGCCCUGAAAGUGGACAAAUUUGAUAUUGAUUUUCCGUACACUUUCAACGGAACGUUUUUGGAGGAUACUGUUAUUUAUCGUGAUAGGUAUGGAGAAAUGGUGAAUGUAUGUAUAAACCAUAGGCUUAAUCAAACUCAUCAGCUGAGGGCCCAUACCGAGAUCGAAAGUUGUGACAAGAGUACUGACCGUAUAGAGGCUGAUUGGUUGGAUAUGACAUUUCUAGUCGUGUGUGCUGUCAUUGUGGCCCUUACGAUAAUGUCCACGUAUUACGAUAAAAGUAUAAAUUACAAGCAGGAUAUAGCCCACUACAAACAGGACGUUAACAGUAAAAGAAAGACCAUCUACUUGUCAUUCUCAAUACUCCGCAACUGGUACAGACUAACAUCACGAGCACAUGAACCCAUUGACAAAGAUCUGCGUUUCCUGCAAGCCAUCCGUUUCCUCACUAUGUAUCUCGUCAUAAUGGGUCAUGCAGUUCUGCUAAGCGCUAUCGUUCCAAGUCAGAACAGUUAUCGCAUCGAGAAGAUGCACCAUGAUGUCGGCACAAUGAUACUCACCGGAGGAACCCAAAUAACUCAAACAUUCUUCGCUAUGAGUGGUUUUCUGCUUGCGAUCCACAUGAUAAACUACGCAAAACGACGCCACGAGAAGCUUGGAAUGGCGAUACUUUUCAAGGCAACAUUCAUUCGAUACAUUCGUCUAACGCCCGUGUACGCAUUCGUGAUUCUUCUGCACGCAACUUGGCUAGCGAAACUUCAGGAUGGACCCUUCUGGAAGCUUGGAGUGGGACUAGAGCGAGAGAUGUGUCGGAGGAAUUGGUGGACAAAUCUUCUGUACAUAAAUAAUUACGUCAAAGCGGAUCAGGCUUGUGUUCAGCAAGGUUGGUACCUCGGCUGCGACUAUCAAUUGUUUAUCAUCGGAAUCAUGCUGAUGAUUGUGACCAACAGAUAUCGUAAGCUAACGAUCCCAGUCUUUGUACUAGCAAUUGUUGGAUCGUACAUUUUACCGGCUAUGUUCAUCUACUACCAAAAACUAGACGGAACGUUCGUUAUAACACUCGAAGCACAGAGAUUCGUUUUCUGGUUUGAUGAUUACUACCAGAAAUCGUACAUUCCGCUACAUGUCAAUUCAGGCAACUAUAUAGCCGGAAUGGUAACAGGUUUCAUUUAUCUCAACCUACGGAAAAAUAACAUUGAUCCCGCCCAGAAAAAGUGGUUCCGCAUCCUGUGGAAUAUGGUCAUUCCGAUAGCAAUCGCGAGCCUUCUAGUGCACUACAUUUUCUACGUGAAUGAUUUCGAGAAACCAUCGGUCUGGAUGGCGGUUUACUUCGCGAUCACGAAGAACUCGUGGGGAGUGUUUGGUUGCGUUUUCCUCCUAGGUGUCACCUACCAGGUUUCUCCUGUCAUGAAGCGUAUUUUUGAUCACCGAAUUUUCGAGCCCCUGGGACGGAUCACUUAUGCUGCUUAUCUGAGUCAUACGUUUGUGAUGAGGUUGCUUUUCUUGAGCAUACGGGCGCCAUUCCGUUUCAACCACAUAGGAAUGACAAGCAUGGUUUUUUCGUCGGUGGUAUUUUCAUAUUUGAUGGCGACAGUUUUGUGUCUAUGCUUGGAGUUACCAGUGUCUGCGCUGCAGAAAUUGAUCGUGGGCAAUCUGAGAGGUGAUAACAGUAGCCCAGAAGUUCCAAGCGAUGAUACUAGGAUGAAAGCACAAAACAAUGGUUCAAUUGGACAAGAAAAUAACAACGUUUAG